AUGUCCGACUCGGCUUCGGCUACGGGCAGCCAGCCGCUGGAUGUGAAGGUGCUGGGCAUGAACAGUGGCACUUCCAUGGACGGCAUUGACUGUGCUCUAUGCCACUUCCGCCAAGAGACGCCCGAAUCGCCCAUGCACUUCUCUCUGCUCAAGUACGGCGAGGUGCCGCUGGACGCCGAGCUCAAGAAGCGUGUGCUAGACAUCAUCAAGUACGACAAGACCUCCGCCUCGGAGCUGUCCGAGGUCAACGUGCUGCUCGGCGAGGUCUUUGCCGCCGCCGCCAUCCAGUUCUGCGCCGACAAUGGCGUCGACCUCAAGAAGGACGUCGAUGCCAUUGGCUCGCACGGCCAGACCAUUUGGCUCGCUAGCAUGCCCGACGAGGGCGUCCCGCGCUCUGCGCUCACUAUGGCAGAGGGCACUUUUAUGGCCUCGCGCACAGGCGUGACGACCGUCACUGACUUCCGCGUGUCCGACCAGGCUGCCGGCCGCCAGGGUGCACCCCUGAUUGCCUUCUUUGACGCCCUGCUCCUGCACCACCCGGGCAAGCUGCGGGCGUGCCAAAACAUUGGCGGCAUCGCCAAUGUGUGCUUCAUCCCGCCGUCGGGGCCGCAGGAUGCCUACGAUUUUGACACGGGUCCGGGCAAUGCGCUCAUCGACGGCGUCGUGCGCAACUACACCAACGGCGAACAGGAGUACGACAAGGACGGCGCCAUGGGCAAGCGGGGCACGGUCUACCAAGGCAUGGUGGACCGCUUCCAGCAACGCAUCCCCUACUUCCGCUGGGACCCGCCCAAGACGACGGGCCGCGAGGUGUUCCGCGACACGCUGGCCGACGACCUGGUGGCCGAAGGUGCUUCGCUGGGCAUGUCGCCCGACGAUGUCGUGGCGACGGUGACACGCAUCACGGCGCAGGCGAUUGUGGACCACUGGCGGCGGUAUGCGCCGACAGAACGGCCGGUGGACGAGGUGUUUAUGUGUGGCGGCGGCGCGUACAACCCAAACAUUACCGAUUACAUGAAGGCGCAGUUUCCGCAUGUCAAGAUGUUCAUGCUCGACGACGCCGGCAUCCCCGCAGGCGCCAAAGAGGCGGUGACGUUUGCAUGGCAGGGCAUGGAGGCACUCGUGGGCCGCAGCAUUCCCGUGCCGGACCGCGUGGAGACGCGCCGGCCAUAUAUUCUGGGCAAAGUGAACCCGGGCGAGAACUACCGUGCGGCGAUGCGCAAGGGCCUUCUCUUUGGCGCGGGCCGGGAUCGGCUGGACCCGGUGACGUCGAUGAUCAACUAUGUGGACGGCAAGGUCUUUGACAAUAAGUGGGAAUAG